CCACUUGGGCAAAGCACUAAGCAAGCGCCCAGGUCCCCUCUCCAGCUCCUCCCUCCUCCGUAGGCCACGGAGCUGGCUGUUUUGAGCUCCUGGACCCCUUCGGACCCCUCACUUCGCGACGCUCGCGGCUUCCUCUCCUGGGCUGAGCCUCUAAGCCUUUCAAAUCCUCCUAGAAGGUUACCAGAAGAAGCCGCGGGGAAGAGCCAAGAGUCGGCAGCCGCCACUAGGCCCCGCCCAGCAGCCGCGGAGCAGGGCCGCGCCCGGGACCGCUGCAGAGCGGGACCCAGAAGACUCGGCAAACAUUCUACCACAUAUGUUUUUAAAAAAACAAGUCUGAUCGCUCAAAAAUCUGGGACCCCCAAGUUUCCAGGAAUAGCGACUAUCAUCCAUCACCCUUUCGCCCCCUGCUGACAGUGAUCUUCUGAGACGUGGCUCAGCAGUCGUCCUGGCGCCAUUACAGUGUAAUUGGAGACAUGGCACACUCACUUCUACGAAGAUCCUCAAGCACACGAAGCUAGUCUUUUUUCUUUGGGUGAGGGGCCUUGCUAGUCAAGACGGCUUGCUCAGAACUCCUAAAAGCUCAAGGCCUGGCACCCUACAUCCUUUUCUUUUCAGGGCUUCUGAUCAGCCUUUUCCAGGUGUGCAACCCUAUCCGCCUUCGGAGCCGGAACUUUCUCUUUCCUGUCCUCAGUUAAGGCUGCAGCCAUGCCAGUAUCAGUAACCCGUACAACUAUCACGACUACAACGACAUCAUCCUCCACCAUCGUGGGGUCCCCUCGGGCACUGACGCAGCCUCUGGGCCUCCUUCGCCUCCUGCAGCUGAUAAGCACCUGUGUGGCUUUCUCCCUGGUGGCCAGUGUGGCCGCUUGGACAGGGCCCAUGGGGAACUGGGCCAUGUUCACCUGGUGUUUCUGUUUUGCUGUGACCCUCAUCAUCCUCAUCGUGGAAUUAGGUGGACUCCAGACCCGCUUCCCACUGUCAUGGCGAAACUUCCCCAUCACCUAUGCCUGCUACGCCGCUCUCUUCUGCCUGUCAUCUUCAAUCAUCUAUCCUACCACCUAUGUGCAGUUCAUGUCCCACGGACGUACCCGGGACCACGCCAUCGCCGCCACUACCUUCUCCUGCAUUGCCUGUUUGGCUUAUGCCACUGAAGUGGCCUGGACUCGUGCAAGGCCUGGUGAGAUAACUGGCUACAUGGCUACCGUGCCAGGGCUGCUCAAAGUUUUUGAGACCUUUGUAGCCUGUAUCAUCUUUGCCUUCAUCAGCGAACCAUCCCUGUACCAGCAAAAGCCAGCCCUGGAGUGGUGUGUGGCAGUCUAUGCCAUCUGCUUCAUACUGGCUGCGGUGACGAUCCUGCUCAACCUGGGGGAUUGUACCAACAUGUUGCCCAUCCCUUUCCCCACCUUCCUGUCAGGCCUGGCCUUACUGUCUGUCCUCUUUUAUGCCACUGCCAUUGUGCUCUGGCCCCUCUACCAAUUCGAUCAGAGGUAUAAUGGCUAUCCCCGCCGCUCGAUGGAUGUAAGCUGCACUUACACGCACCCCCACUCAGUGUGCGACUGGGACCGCCGACUGGCGGUGGCCAUCCUGACAGGUGUCAACCUGCUGGCAUAUGUGUCUGAUCUGGUGUAUUCCACCCGCCUGGUGUUUGUCAAGGUGUAAGAUUAACAAGGGGCUCCCGUCCACAUUCCUCCUUGCAGCAUCUUCACCUGAUUACACAAGUUUUUGGUACCAUCCUGUUUCCUCCUUGUAUCCCUCCCAUUUCCUCUCCUGUUGUAUAUGUGUAUUCUUCCUGACUCAUUGUUCUCUUUUUGUGUUUCUUUUUCACCCCUUUCUUACCUUUCAUCUUCCAGUAUGCCUGCCCAUAUCCUGGUUUGCCCUUGAGCUUUGGCUCCACAGCCCUCUUUCAUUUUCCUAUCUGAUAUUGUUUUCCUGUUGGUUUUGUCACCUGCCUGUUUUCCUGGGAGCCCUUAGAAUUCUUACUUUCUCUCCCUCACCCUUCAAAGGUGCUGGCCCCACACAUUUCCCACACUCCUUUGCAAUUACCCACACUCUUUUACAGUUUUUCACCCCAUGGGCCUCUUUAGGGGCCAUAUUGCCAAAGCAUGCCUGCCUGCCUGCCUGCCUGCCUGCCUUAGCUGUGCCUUAGUGUGUGUGUGUGUGUGUGUGUGUGUGUGUUAAAGGGGCUGGAGGAGCAGGCCAAGAAGUGCACCUCUCCUUUCAAGUUCAAAACAAAAUUGUGGAGGUCAGUAAUUUCCAGUGGUCAGAAGUCAUCACUUUACGCAGAGUUUCUGCCUCCGCCUGUGACUCAGCUUUGCCUCAGAUUGGCUCUAGAACGUUUUUGUUUUUACCAGUCUUACCAAAAGCCCACUGCCUGAAGGUUAUCUUAGAUGAAGCAAAAGAUGGAUGCCUUUUCCUGAAUUAUUCUCUGCUAUACAAACAAACUAAAAACCCACCAAAAACACCAUAUGGUUCUAACUCCAGCUCUAAAGUAUUUCAGAGGGGCCGUAAUGGUGGCCCUCCUAGCUCAGUGUUAAAAAUAACAUGGCCUGCUUUAGCAGGAGUGAGAAGAAAAAUGCCCUCUGCCAGCCUUAAAAGCAUUAUUAUCCUCUUUUUCCUUUUUUCUCAACAAGAUGACAGAAAUAACUAAGAAGCUCUUUUGCUUUUUGUUUAUUUUUUUAAACAACUUUUGAGAUGGUUUUAUGUAGACCAAGCUGGCCUCAAACUUAACUGAGUAGCCAAGGAUGCCCUUGAACCCUUGGUCUUCACAUCUCGACCUGCCAGGUGCUGAGAUUACAGGUGUGCCACUACACCCCAGUUGUGUAGCCCCAUUUAAGAGGGAAGUUUCUUAAGCAUCUUUUCUUUGGGGGGAGGGUGGCGUCAGGGUUAUCAAGAUUGGAAUGGCUUGUGUGUGUGAGUGUUGCACAAGAACCCAGAUCUGUGUGUGUUAGUUGCUUGCUGCUUUCUGCUUCUCUGGGACUCACAUGCAUUACUUGGUAUAUAUAUAUAUAUAUAUAUGUGAAUGUAUAAAUAUAUAUUUUAUUUUUUUUUAAUUUCCUGGAGCUUUGGGUUCCUAUAGCUCCUGCUGUCAGUCAUCCCUUCCCACUCCCCACAUCCAUAAAGUUCUUUAAAAAAAAAAAUCUCAAUAUAAAUGUAACAGGAA